UACAACGCAGGUCUGAUUUUGGCGUUUGCUGUGUGGCUUUUCAAGGCAGACUAACGGGGUGAAAACAAGCGGCUGCACGGGUUUCUGCGGAACAGCGGAUUCUGGCUGAUUCACGAGAUGAGGAACAGAAAUGUCUGUGUUUCCGGGAUUACCCAGGUGUAAUUUGGUGUUUGUGCACGCAGAGCUUCAGACCGGAUUGGACAUUGCAUUCAAGACAAGCUAGAUGACCAACAGACCAUGAGCAGCUGGAAAGCAUAUUAUAGCAGCCAUUACAAGAUUAUGCUGAGUGGAAGAAUGGCUCUGCCAAGCAAAAUGACGAAUAACAAUUAAUACUAGCCAUGUCCCCAUCUGUGAUUUCAAUAAGGGGCAAUCUGUUCUUGCCACUGUCCAAGGUCUCAUGUAUAUCUUUGGAUAGCAUUGGAGUCUCGUUACACGUUCUAGAAAAAAGCAGCAUUAUGUUCGGACUGUAUUCUUUUGACAGUGAAGUUUGACUUGAUUUGAAGCCUCGGUGAAGAUGAGAUUUCUGUCUUUGUUUUUCAUUUUUUGCCUGUCCACACAUGCUUAUACACUGUAGAUUUGCAUAAUGGCUGCUGAAUCUCCCCAGCAACUUUAUAUAUCGGCUUGGUGUGGCGGAGAGUGACGUUUGGAUGAUGCAGCGAAACGGAGGCGUUACAGGGAACGGCAGCCAGCCAUGGGUGCUCCGGCGGGUUCGACUGACAUGGCUCAGUUUCAUGCUCUUUUUCAUUUUGGUCUUCUUCCCACUCAUUGCACAUUACUACCUCACCACAAUCGAUGAGGCAGGAGGUCCAGACAAACGCAUUUUUGGCCCACGACCAGGUGGUGAACUGUGUGAGGCGAAGCAUGUGCAAGACCUUUGCCGUAUACGAGAAUCGGUGAGUGAAGAGCUGCUUCAGCUGGAAGCGAAGCGGCAAGAGCUCAACGGUGAAAUAGCCCGUCUCAACUUGCGGAUUGAAGCCUGUAAGCGUAGCAUUGACAGUGCCAAACAGGACUUGUUACAACUCAAAAAUGUCAUCAGCCAGACAGAACACUCUUAUAAGGAACUCAUGGCACAAAAUCAGCCAAAAUUAUCUUUGCCUGUUAGACUAUUACCAGACAAAGAUGAUCCUGGGCUCCCUCCUCCGAGGUCUGUACAGGCCUGUCGCCUGCAUAGUUGUUUUGAUUAUGCCAGAUGUCCCUUAACAUCCGGGUUCCCAGUCUAUGUGUACGACACAGGGUCGUAUCCUUGGGGAGACUAUAUUGACCCAUUGGUUAAGCAAGCCUUUGCAUCUUCUGUUAAAAGCAGUGUUUAUGUUACGGAUAAUCCAAAUAUUGCGUGUCUUUAUGUGGUGCUUGUUGGAGAAAUACACGAUUCCUCACCCUCUCCAUCUGACUUGGAAAAGCAGCUGAAAGCAUUGCCAUUCUGGAGGUCAGAUGGUCAUAAUCACCUGUUGGUUCAUCUGUCUAGGAAGUCGUUAACUCAAAACUUUUUGUACAAUGUAAGUACAGGCCGGGCAGCUAUAGCACAGUCUACCUUUCUUCAGCGACAGUACAGAGAGGGUUUUGACCUGGUGGUGUCUCCACUGGUCCAUGCUCUCUCUGAGCCCAACUUUCUGGAGGUGCCUCCACAGGUUCCAGUGAAGAGGAAGUAUCUCUUUACUUUUCAAGGAGAGAAAGUGGAAUCUCUAAGGAGUAGCCUGCUGGAAGCACCACCACAGUCCUUUGAGGAAGAAAUGGAGGGAGAUCCACCGGCGGAUUACGACGAUCGCAUCAUUGGAACCCUUAAAGCAGUACAAGACAGUCACCUCGACCAGGUACUUGUGGAAUUUACCUGCAAGAACCGACCAAAGCCGAGUCUACCGACUGAAUGGGCCCUGUGUGGGGAGCGUGAGGAUCGCUUGGAAGUGUUAAAAGCAUCUACGUUCGCUUUGGUGAUAUCUCCAGGCGAUGGGCAGCUCAUAGCAACUGCAGGGUGCAACAUGCGCUUGUUCGAGGCCCUGGAGGUUGGGGCAAUCCCUGUGGUUCUUGGCGACCACUCAAAGUUACCUUACCACCAUCUUGUACGUUGGAGUGAGGCAGCUAUCAUGGUGCCCAAGCCUCGAAUAACAGAGUUGCAUUUUCUGUUGAGGAGCCUGUCCGACAACGAUUUACUGGCCAUGCGGCGGCAAGGUCGCUUCCUUUGGGAAACGUACUUUUCCACUUGUGAGAGUAUCUUCAAUACCAUUCUUGCCAGUAUCCGAACCAGCAUUCAAAUACCAGCAUCGCCCAUAAAGGAGGAACCUGCCCAGGAGAUUCCCCACAAAGCUGGAAAGAUGGCAGGCACAGAUGCCAAUAUGGCUGACAAUGGGGACCUGGAUCUUGGUCCAGUAGAGACAGAACCCCCUUAUGCAUCACCUAGGUUUUUGCGGAAUUUCACCUACACAGUAUCUGAUGUCUACCGAACCUGGAAUCGUGCUCCUGGGCCUUUCCAUCUCUUCCCCCAUACGCCAUUAGACCCUAUUCUACCUUCAGAGGCAAAGUUUCUAGGUUCAGGAACUGGUUUCCGCCCCAUCGGUGGUGGUUCUGGAGGUUCUGGAAAAGAGUUUCAGGCUGCCCUGGGUGGAAAUGUCCCACGAGAACAGUUCACAGUGGUCAUGCUGACGUAUGAACGAGAGGAGGUACUUAUGAACUCUCUGGAGAGGCUAAAUGGCCUUCCCUAUCUCAACAAGGUGGUGGUAGUCUGGAAUUCCCCAAAACCGCCCUCAGAUGACCUCCUGUGGCCGGACAUUGGGCUGCCUAUUGUGGUGGUGCGGACAGAAAAGAACAGUUUAAACAAUCGCUUCCUGCCCUGGGAUGUCGUCGAGACUGAGGCCAUCUUGUCUAUUGAUGAUGAUGCCCAUCUCCGACACGAUGAAAUCAUGUUUGGGUUCAGGGUGUGGCGAGAGGCCAGGGAUCGGAUUGUUGGCUUCCCAGGGCGGUUUCAUGCCUGGGAUCUGAACCACCAGUCUUGGCUUUACAACUCCAACUACUCUUGUGAACUGUCCAUGGUGCUGACAGGCGCCGCCUUCUUCCACAAGUACUACGCCUACCUGUAUUCCUACGUGAUGCCCCAGGCCAUCCGAGACAUGGUGGACGAGUACAUCAACUGUGAAGAUAUCGCCAUGAACUUCCUGGUGUCCCACAUCACACGCAAACCUCCCAUCAAGGUGACGUCUCGUUGGACAUUCCGCUGUCCCGGCUGUCCUCAGGCGCUGUCCCACGACGACUCGCACUUCCACGAGCGGCACAAGUGCAUCAACUUCUUCGUCAAGGUGUACGGUUACAUGCCGCUACUCUACACGCAGUUCCGAGUCGACUCGGUUCUGUUUAAGACUCGACUCCCGCACGACAAGACCAAAUGCUUCAAGUUCAUUUAGAGGGACCAAAAGAGGACAGACAGAGACAGACAGACACUUCCUCUUACAGAUGAGAGAUUUUAUGGAAUAAAAAAGGAAGUCAAAAUGAAGGGAGGACUACAAUGUAAAAGCAUUUUAUUUUAGUGUGUGUGUGUGUGUUCAACCCAUCAGCAACCACUACUGCUCUCAUUCGCACCACUUUCAACAGUUUUGGAAAAGAGGUGAAUAAGAGGCGAGGACACUUUAAUGGGUUUCAAACUGAAUCAUUUGGAAACUGAGAGAACGGUAAAAGGCGUGGGCAAAAACUCUCAUUGCACUCUUUUUUUUUUUUAAUUUUUAACUCUAUAUAUAUAUAUAUGUGUGUGUUUCAUAUGCAAGAGAAGAUACACUCUUGGAUAUGACGAGCACAUUUCUGCAGGUCACAGAAAUUGUGUGUGAGAGAGGAAUUUAGUCACCAGAUCUUAAAAAAAAAAAAAAAGUGCGGAAAUGAAAACACACUACACGGUCAGCCGAGUGAAGAUCACUUGGAAUACUCUCUCGGGUGUCAGUGAUCAAAACGGCACGCGCACACUUUCUCCAUCAGGUGGUCUUAGGCAUGUGCCGAUAUCAUAUCAGAUCAGAAAAAUUACUUCAACUUAUCACAGUUUAUCAUCAUCAUCAUCACAGCUGGAUGAAACUCUGCUUACCGAGCAGGAUUACGGUAUGAGGUGCACAUGAUACUGCCUUUGUAAAUUUGUAUGUAGAGGACGGCUGUCCCGAUGCUGCUUUCAUAACGGGAUUGGCUUUAGCUUGGGAGCACAAAUACUGCACAAAAAAAAAAAAAAAACGCUGCCUGUGUAGGCAACUGCUUUUUGGAUAGAAUGUAACAGGAAUGAGUCGUUUAAAGUUUCUACCAUAACAUCGUGCAUGUUAAAUAUGUAAGACAUAAAACAUCCGACUUUCCUGAUGAUCAGGAGAUAACUGAUGAAGAAUAUCACAUGAGGUCUGUGCCUGAUAUCGCCACACCCACUGAUUAGCAUUUGGACAAACUGGGUUUUUUAUUUUAAUCGAUACAUCGAAUAAGAAAAAGAAGGGAAAAAAAAACCCCACAGCAUAAUGGAACAAAACAGUUGGUCACUUAGACAUCCAUGCAAGCAUUAAGUUAUUCCACUUAAUCGAGUCAUACCUGAGCUGAUGGCCGAGUUGGAAUAACUGUUUUUUUCAGUCCACAUUCACUGGAUUUUGAGAAACUGAGCAUUUUUUUUUUCUUUUUUGCAAAUUCGAUAAAUAUAAACUUUCAUACAAAACAUCCGACGAAAUCUUUUCCGCUGAGACAGACUUCUUAAAAACCUAUCAAUGGUGGCACGGAUUGACUUCAGUGUUGUUUUUGUAGAAAGUGUCGUCUUGCUGUCGUGUCGAGGUGAAGAACAGCUUUAGACAUUCAUUUAAUCCUUUCUUGGAUAUUUCAGUUCUGUCAUUUUCAAACUACUUUGAGCUUUUGAACCAGUCUAAAAAAAUUCAACACGUUUUAAUGCUUAAAGCGAGACGGCAUUUCGAUUUCAUAAAAUCUGUGAAAUUUAGUUCCGUCUGAAAUGUGGUCAUUGUGAUAUAUGUUUAUUUUUGUAAUAUUUUAAAAUAUCAGGCCAUUCUGUGGCUGGGAAGUUAUUUAAUUUGAGGGGAUUAAAGCAAAUAAUGUGCAUGAAAUCACUCGCUUCGCGCAGUCAAGCAGACAGAGGAAGUCCGUGUGCGCAUGCGCAGGUUUACCUUCUUUUGGGUUUUACAGCAGCUGGCAUCCACAGUGUUGCAUUACUGCCAUCUACAGGUUUCCCUUUGAGCGUGCACUGACAGUUCCAUCAUUCUGUCGCUAAACGAACAGCUGAUCACACCGAGGUGCUCGCUGAGCGCACAUAUUUAUUAGUUUGGUCCUGCGUUUCCUUUCCUUCGUAUAUAACAUAACGUCUUUUCUUCUCGCUUUCUUUCCGUUACUGUAGUCGCGCUUUCAUGUUUCAUUCGCACACUCACGUCCUCCAUUUUUCUCUCCUGUUUCAAAUUUGUAUCCCACAAUGCCUUGCGUGAACGGGGAAAGCCCACCACGUGAUGCAUGACAUAGUAUCUUGAAUUGGGUCAUGGUGAAGCAGGAAAAAAUAGAGGUGAAUUUAGGGCCACGUGGCCUUAAAUUCAUUAAUUGUUCUGUUUAAAAAAACUAAUAAAAUUAGAAGUCUGUGAUUCGAAUUCAGUAGCUUUCGGUCACUAAACGAAAAUAAUUAGGUGUCGGGGAAAAUUCUUUUUAUGACCUAUACUUGAAAUAUCUGAAAGGCGGUCUAGCUUUUAAAGUUGAAGAAUGUAAACAAACUGGUGAAAUGACAGGAGCAAUUUAUGAAAAAUGCGAUAAUUCUUGAAAAAUAAUUUUAAAAAAAGAUACGUUCUUUCCAUCAAAUACUUUCAUUCCAUAUUUUGUUGCUUUUUUGGGGGGGUUGAGUAAUUUGGAGUGGAGUUUUUAUUUCGUCCUCGGUUGGUUCAGCAACAUGCUCCGCCACCAUAAUUUGUUUUUCUCUACACAGGGUAUAUGAGCUGAUUAUCCUAGUAGUAGAGUAGCCAAUCAGAGCGCAUGAUUGCUCAUAUCCAGUGAAUGUAGAUAUAUUAAUGAUAAAGAUACAUGUCAGCUCAUGUAAUAAUAGAUCUGCUGUCACCUCGUAAGGUCACAAACACGAUCUGUUUUUCCCAGUAUUGCAAGAAUUUAUCAAUCUGAUGAUUUUAGUGAAAAAGUAAUUCUCUCCGGAUUUUUGAAUAUUUGUUCCAGCACAAAACUGGGGUUUUGUGUAAAUUCUGUUCCCUCACUACAAUUGAACUCCCUUCAUCUGACAAAGGAAACUGUUUUUACACUUGCUGCUAUGGUCUCUAAGCCGUUAUCGUCACUUUUAAGUAUGCCAUUUGUGCGUACUAAAUAAUAUAAAUUAUUUUCUGUGUAAAUCAGUGUCCUCGCUUUUUUUCACGUGGCAGCUUGAGAGUGAAGCGUAAAUAUGUACUGCAUUGACAAUAAUGCUAAUUCUGACUUAAACGAUGAUGUCAUCAGACUCUAGGAAGUUGAACCCUUUCUGAAACUUCCACUUAAGUAUAUGAUGUCAUGUUAAAACCAAACAUGACCAAGAAAGACGGCAUAACCGUCAGUGGUUAAUUGUUUUCUAGUUUUGACCACAUAAUGAAUGAGAAUAGUAUCGUUAGCUUUAUAUCUACAGUACAAACCUGUGAAAGAGGUCUCGGUGUUGGCUGUGUGUGUAUCUGUGUUCAUAAAAAUGACUUCAGGAAUCUCCGCAUUUUGUAAUGACUGUAAUUAAUACAGGAGCCGAACACACUGAUACAGCGAGUCUGAAUAAUUGUUCAUAGGCACGUUACCAAAGAUAUGUAAUGAAAGAAAACUCGUACUAGGUCAAAUCCAGUGCUCAGAAAAGUGCAGUUUGUUGCUCCUUUCCUGAGAAAUGCAGUACAUCGAAACAGGGUUGGGUUUCCCAAAAGCUUCAACGCUAAGAGCAUCUUAACUAAGAGAGAGUGUUGAUUGCGCUGCUCGCUCUACCAUUUAGUGAUGAUCUUUGUGCUAUGAUGCUUUUAGGAAACUCAGCACAGAGCUGUUGGUGUUAUUUCAGUCAAGUUAACAAAAUGAAAAGCAUUUCUUUAGAGAUGUAAAAAAAAAAAGGUUUGGGAAUGCAGACUUGAAACAACACUGAUGAAGAAUUUUCGUAACGUAAAACUUUUGACUAAUCUUGUUACAGUUUACAGUAUUAUCAUGCUUGGGUUUUAAGUUUACAACUAUAUAUUUGUUACAGUUGGGGAAAAUAUAUUUUGAGGUACGGUGUGGUGGUGUCCACAGUCGUGGCCAAAAGUUUUGAGACUGAGACAAAUUUUGGUUUUCACAAAGUUUAGAUCUUUGUCAGAUGUUUCUAUGGGAUACUGAAGUACAAUUAUAAGCAUUUCAUAAGUUUCAAAGGCUUUUAUUGACAAAUACAUCAAGUUUAUGUACAGAGUUGACGCUUCUUUUUGAAGACUCCUGCAAUUCGCCCUGCCAUGCUGGAUAUCAGCUUCUGGGCCAAAUCCUGACUGAUGGAAACCCGUUCUUGCAUAAUCAGCGCUUGGAGUUUAGCACAGUUAUCGUGUUUUUGUUCGUCCACCUGCUUUUUGAGGAUUGACCGCAGGUUCUUGAUGGGAUUAAGAUCUGGGAGUUUCCUGGCCAUGGACCCAAAAUUUCACUGUUUUGUUCCCCGAGCCACUUAGUUAUCACUUUUGCCUUGUGACAACAUGGUGCUCCAUCAUGCUGGAAAAAGCCUUGUUCAUCACCAAAUUGCUCCUGGAUGGUUGGGAGAAGUUGCUCUUGGAGGACGUUUUGAUACCAUUCUUUAUUCAUGGCCGUGUUCUUGGGCAGAAUUGUGGCCUUGGAUGAGAAGCAACCCCACACAUGAAUAGUCUCAGGAUGCUUCACUGUUGGCAUGACACAGGACUCAUGGUAGUGCUCACCUUUUCUUCUCUGGACAAUCAUUUUUAUAGAUGACGCAAACAGUCUGAAGGGGGCUUCAUCAGAGAAAAUAACUUUCCCCCAGUCCUCUGCAGUCUGCAAAAAGUUAUUUUCUCUGAUCAAGCCCCCUUCAGACUGUUGUGAAAACCAAAAUUUGUGUCCGUCUCAAAAACAUUUGGCCAUAACUGUAAUAGCUUCAGGGUCCCAUGUUUCAGUCCUGAGCUUGGGUUACUGCCUGCAUGUUCUCACCAUGUCUGUGUAGAGUUACUCCAGGUUCCCCGGUUUCCUCCCAGUAAGUGGAUUGUUCAAAUACUAAAUUUCCCUUUGUGUGUGUGUGUAUGCAUGAUGGACUGACAUCCCAUCCACUGUGCUGUGUCCCCCCCCCCGGAUCCAGCUCCACUGCACCAAUGACUUGGAUAAAGCAGCAACUGAAGCUCGGUGAAUGGAUGAACAUGUUAACCAGUACAUUUUCCCCCAGUUUCAUAGAAAUCACAGUAGAAGUCGUGGUUCCAUCGUUGAGGCUUUGGACUGCUGAUCAGAAGAUCAUGAGUUCAAAGCCUAGUACUACCAAGCUGCCACAGUUGGGGAAGGUUUAGAAGAAAUAACGAUGCAUCAUGUAACUGAUUAUCGGCACAUGCCUAAGUAGCACAGAUCCUUUGUAUCUCAGAGAUGUUUGUCUUACCCUUUGUUCAAACGGCUGGAGCGAAGACCUCGGGUCUGAGUAUGAGCACAAUUCUGGAGAAUCAUGCUGCGUAUAAAUACUGCAUAAGAAUUACUGGCACAAUCUGUUUUGAAAUGGUACUCAUUUCCUCACUGAACUGUUCAAUCCAAAAAGCCUCCAUGCACAUAUCCUGGUGUUUGCAUUAAUGCUAAUUUCUGUCCUGAACUGUAUCGUGCAUAGAGGUUUCUGCAUUAUAAAUCCAUUAGGUGUUUCGUUUUUUUAAUAUAUGUUUUAGAUCAUGGAUGCCUUUUAUGGAACUUUUUAUACACCUAAUGACUGUGUAUAUAAAUUUGUUGAGGUUUAAGUAAUGUGGUGGGUUUUUUUUUUUUUUCUUCCUGCAUCGCCACUCAAGCAUGGACACUGGGGAGGCGAGGAAGCAGAAGCACAGCAAUCUGACUGACAGACUGUAUCAUUAGUGUGACCCUCGUAAACACUAAUAAAUCAGCCCGUGCCAUUUGUCUAUGAAACUUUUUUUUUUUGAAAACCAAUGUUCAUAACCAAAAUGCAAUAAUUACCACAUGCAUAAGU